AUGGAGAAAGGAUACGGUAACAACUUGGGAGGUACUCUGAUGACCUUGUUUUCAGUUCUAAAGGUUCAUCCACCAACUUUUAGAGGGUCAACCAACUCUACUGAAUCGUACAAUUGGUUCCAGGCCAUGGAGCGUGCUCUGCAGGCUCAACAUGUUCUGAACAAUCAAUUUGUGGAGUUUGCGGCGUACCAACUUCUAGGAGAAGCUCAACAUUGGUGGCAAGAAAAAUGCCGAUUACUACAACUUCAGAACGCCGACAUUCCUUGGGAUGUGUUUCAAACGGCUUUCUAUAAGAAAUACUUUUCUAAAUCCGUAAGAGAGGCUAGGGAGUUAGAGCUUAUGCAGUUAAAGCAAGGCUCAUUGUCCAUGGCUGAUUUCACUAGUAGGUUUGAGGAACUUUAUAGGUUUUCUAAGAUAUGUCAAGGAAAUGGAAAUCUCAAUGAGGGUUUACAUCAAGGAUUGGAAAAUCAAGAUGGGAAGAACCUUAAGCAUACGGACAAUCUUCAUGGUCUCCAACCUUUAAUGCAAGAACAAAGAGAUCUUUACUCUCUUCUCCAAAUGCAAGAAGAAGAGCAAAGAGAGCUAGAGACCAUAGUGGCUACCAUGAAUAAAACUGUUAAAUACAUAGUCUCCCAUCUACGCUCAUGCAAUCAAGAUACUCCCGUUGAUGAAUGUAAAAAAUUUACCGAAGAGCGUAGUAAGGAGAAGAGCUUGGAAGACGAUCUUGAGCCUCAAGAGAAAGAAGAGGAAAAGAGGCACAAAUUGCCAAAAGUGAAAGAUAUUAAGAUCCUUUAA